CCAGAGAAACGUCAACUCCCCUCCCAAGGGAUUAUGAUCCUCCCAAUUGUGCACCAGAGUCUCAGGACUACAAUGGAACAGAUGCCACCAAAAGAAAAGACGGAAGGAACCAAUUUCCUGGCUGAUGCAGAGCUGAGUCUUAUGAAGGAGUCGAAGGCCUUUCUGGAACAAUAAUACCAUCUUUGGGCUACAGAACUUCCACAUCCAUAUCAGUUGACAAAGCCCUUUGGAAAUCAUGAUUUUUUUCCGCUAUCAGAUGUUCAGAUUCAUUUGGCUUGCCAGGCCAACUGGCCGGUACCUUCACAAAGAUCACCAGCUUUGGGCACCUCUGACUCUUGCUGACUUUGAAGCCAUAAAUCGCUGUGAGAGAUCGUUGCCUAAAAACUUUAACUUUGCUGGGGAUGUGCUGGACCAGUGGUCCCAAAAAGAAAAGACAGGAGAGAGACCAGCCAACCCAGCCCUAUGGUGGGUGAAUGGCAAAGGGGCUGAGGUGAAAUGGAGCUUUGAAGAACUGGGCUCCUUGUCCCGAAAAGCUGCCAACGUGCUCAUCAAGCCCUGUGGCCUAAAGAGAGGAGACCGAGUGGCUGUGAUUCUGCCCCGUAUCCCAGAGUGGUGGCUUAUAAACGUGGCUUGUAUGCGAACAGGGCUGGUCUUCAUGCCAGGAACAACCCAGCUGACAGCAAAAGACAUUCUCUAUCGGCUGCGAGCAUCCAAAGCCAAGUGUGUUGUGGUCAGUGAGGAGGUGGUCCCAGCAGUGGAGUCCAUCAUGUCAGAGUGUCCUGACUUAGAGACCAAACUCCUGGUGUCUCCACACAGCCAGAACGGGUGGCUCAGCUUCCAGGAAUUAUUUCAAUCUGCCUCUGCAGAGCACAGCUGUGUAGAAACAGGAAGUCAAGAACCAAUGGCCAUUUAUUUCACCAGUGGGACCACAGGUGCUCCCAAGAUGGCCCAGCACUCUCAGAGCAGCCUUGGAAUUGGGUACACCCUUUGUGGAAGGUAUUGGCUAGACCUGAAGUCCUCAGAUAUCAUAUGGAACAUGUCUGACACUGGCUGGAUCAAGGCUGCCAUUGGCAGUGUGUUUUCAUCCUGGCUUCAGGGAGCGUGUGUCUUUGUACAUCGGAUGGCCCAGUUUGACACUGACACUUUCUUAGAUACGCUCACCACUUAUCCCAUCACGACCCUGUGCAGCGCUCCCACUGUGUACCGGAUGCUUGUGCAAAAAGACCUUAAGAGAUAUAAAUUCAAGAAGCUACGGCACUGCUUGACAGGAGGGGAGCCACUCAACCCCGAGGUGCUGGAACAGUGGAAGGCACAAACUGGACUGGAACUGUAUGAGGGCUACGGACAGACAGAAGUGGGAAUAAUUUGUGCCAAUCAGAAAGGACAAGAAAUUAAACUGGGUUCAAUGGGCAAAGGAGUACAACCCUAUGAUGUCCAGAUUAUAGAUGAAAAUGGCAACGUCCUACCACCUGGCAAAGAAGGGGAAAUUGCCCUCAGACUACAGACUACACGGCCUUUCUGUUUCUUCUCUGAAUAUGUGGACAAUCCAGAGAAAACUGCUGCCACGAUAAGAAGGAAUUUUUAUGUCACUGGAGACAGAGGAGUGAUGGACAGUGAUGGGUAUUUCUGGUUUGUUGGUAGAGCUGAUGAUGUCAUCAUAUCCUCUGGGUACCGUAUUGGGCCAUUUGAAGUGGAGAGUGCACUAAUCGAGCACCCAGCAGUUGUUGAAUCAGCUGUUGUCAGUAGUCCAGAUCCAAUCAGAGGAGAGGUAGUGAAAGCUUUUGUUGUCUUAUCUGCACCCUUUAAAUCAUCCAACCCAGAGAAAUUAACUCUUGAACUUCAGGAUCAUGUGAAAAAAUCAACUGCACCUUACAAAUAUCCAAGAAAGGUGGAAUUUGUUCCAGAACUCCCAAAGACAAUCACUGGGAAAAUCAAACGCAACGUUUUGAGAGACCAUGAAUGGGGUAGAACAUAG